UUGGUUGUGACCUCGCGCGAAUUCGAUUACGCUCUGUAACCAAGCUUGUAUCCUUGCACGAUCUCGGUAUUCUUUCGAUACCACGAGAUCGCCAGCAAAUAUAUCUCGACUUGUUCCGUUAACUGACUUCUGAUAUUUGGCUUCUGGGGGAUUUUAUUGAUAUCCUGGCACGCCUUCCUUUUGUAGUGGUGUUCAUUGUCAACCGCGACUCGACACCACACUAUAGGCUCAUACACACGUUCAUUAAUAGUGUUAGAUAUGUGCAUCAAUUGUAAAUGAACUGCUUUUCCGUCGAAAAUCGUUACACAGCGAAAUAUUGUUGUCUUCACAGUCAAAAAUGCUUAUUGGUCGUUAAUACAUUUUCAAGUGUUCGGCUAAAAAACCAUUAAAAUAAACAAAUCGAAUGAGAAUAUUUAAUAGAGAUAAUUUCAGAAGAGUAAGAUGCUGGUAAGUUCACUUAAUAAUGUUUUUAGUUCAAACGUUGGAAAUUUAAGUGAACGUUUGGUUAUUUUCAGUUGGUAGCGCUCUUUUUGAGAUGUGACCUUGAGGGAUGCAGAAUUCUAACAGUAUUCUAAAUUUAGUUCUGAUUGGCUUUCAUCACAGGAAGGGGUCUGUUGUUGAGCUAGUCUAUCCCUCACUGUCAUGUGAUGGUUCUGAUCCUACACAUCUCCCUCAUCCUUGGCGUCAUUUGCCUGCUUUAGCAAUAGCCGAUGGAGCCCAUAACUACACAAAAGAUUGCACAUAUUUCAGCUUACCUUCAAUAGAGAAGAAGGAUGUUGCUGUCUUUGGAAUUGCUUGUUACCGCCAGGCAGACUCGGCUUCGUAUGUUCAACCUAAUCCUGAGAUCACUCGAAACACUGUACAAAAAAGCUUGGUUGUACUAUCGAGAUUUCCACUUUUUAGUUUCAUCGCCCAUCAUCUUACGACAAUAAUUGAUAAUCUGUUUAAAAGCAAAGGUUUUACUCCAGAAAGUCUCCAGAACUCAUAUGAACAAUUAAGUCAGUUUGUAGACACUGUUUUAAGUGAUCCAGUUUCUUACCAAGAUGCACUAUUUUAUAAUCUAAGUGCGUCCAAUUUUGUUCGCGUUUACAAACGUGACGCAUUAUGUCUAUUCAAAUUACUUUUAUUGGAAAGACGUAUUUUAUUUACGGGAGAUUCUGGCGGAACUCUAUCAAAUUGGAUGUUAACUUUACUCAGUUUGUAUCCAGAUAUGUUACGUAGUGGUUUGUCACAAUGUUCCGUUAUUGAUCCCUCAUGGAUUUCAGAAACAAGUUAUUGGUCUAAUAUGAAUGAUUCCAGUUCAAAUAGCUUUAAUUCUUAUCAGUAUUCAUUAGAAGGAUCAUUAACUAAGAUCAGUGGACAAGUGUCAGAACAGAAUACAGAUUCAACUCUAAAUAAAGAAGAAGACGUUCAGCUUACUUCAAAUGUUGAUUCUAAGAACUCAGCCAAUAAUAUUGAUCCACAAAGAACUCAUAUAAUAACUAUACCUGACACAUUACAUACGGAAUCAAAACAACCUGUAAUAAAUGAGUCUUAUAAGAAAUAUCAAACCAACAAUUUUCUGGAGAAAAUAACUGACGAUUCAAUGUUCAAAUUUUCGUUAAAUUCACCAUUUCCUACUGAUGAUUGGGGAUUUCCUUUAUCUGUAUUUACGAAAUCUUAUUUAGCGCCUAUGUAUAUUCCCCUUGGUUUAAUGGAUAAACUGCUAGAACAUUCUAGUCUUCCUAUGUCAUUCAGAUCAAGUAUUAAUUCACCAUCAUCUGGAAAUCAGAUUCUGACUUUAACCGAUCGAUCAGUACGUGGUUUUGUAGCUGGUGCAACCAAUCCCUUAUUGCAAUCAAACAAACAACUAACUGAGGUUUUCGUGUUAUCCUUAUCGCCUGUUAAGGAUAUUUGUGAAAACUACUUCCCGCAUUUGUCUGAACUAACCGGUGCAUUUGGAAAAUCGACCUUUGGAAUAGAAACAGAUUCUAUGUCGAGUCUUUCACUGUCUGAAAAUUCAACGAAAACUUCUUAUUCCAUUAAUGUCGAUAGUGAAAAGAAUACACAAAACACGGGAUCCAAAGUUUCAAAUUUUUCACGACCAUUUUCUUUGCCCAAAAGAUCACAACCAAUCAUUCAAAUAAAUUCAGAAAACAUUACUGAUAAGUAUCCUGUCAACUCACGCUCUAUGCCUGUUCCACUGAACCGUGCAUUGCAACUAAGUCGUACUGAUAGAUUGUUUAUUGAUCAUUUGGUAAUGACUGUCAAUACAUGGUACAGUGCACAAAUAGACUAUUGUCAACAAUUGUCUUCCAAAAAAGGUGAAUUGGUAACAUCCCAUAGCUUUCAUAGAUUAGAUCAAUUGGAUACAGAAACUUUGGAACAGCUCACAUUAAUCCAAAAAACAGCCUUAUUAAGAUUUCCAUCUCAAACUAUUUUAGAUGCUUGGAUACGACAACAGUUUUUAAUUUAUUUAAGAGCAUUAUUAUUAUCUGCUCAAGGUUACAAUUCCAAUGCAUCAGACUUUCAGUCAGCCUAUUUAACUUGUUUUCGUUUAACAAGAAAUUUUUUAAUUUGGCGUUAUCAAUUUAUUCCAAGUCAAUUGUUUACUGUUUCUAAACCAGAACAAAUUCAUCAUAAUACUUCUGACACCCAAUUAAUCAACAAAUCAAUAGAUGAUAAUGUGGAAAUUUUAAAAACAACUGGAGAUUCAUAUAAUUCACAGUUGCAGGACUCAUGUACAACUUCACCAGACUCUGUUGCUGCUGUAGUCUCGCAACAUCCUGGACGUAAACUUGCAGAACCUGAUGAUUGGAAUCAAAUUGCUGGUAGUUUUAAAAAGUUUGUCUGCCCUCUAUCUAUCAUUUAAACAUUUUAUCAAAUGAAAUUUUUAUGUUGAUAUGCAUUUUAGAGGCCAUUCAGCAAUAUUUUCGAAUAGUGUGCAUAUAUUAAACACUAUUAUGAAAAUCUGAUUAUAGUUAGAAUUAACUCAAAUUUAAUUUUGAUCAAUUCGAAUCCAUAACUUUGCUUCUUGAUAGUAUUCUUUGAUACAACACUUCCAUAUGAAUUAUAAACGAUAGUGAAAAAAGGACUAACAAAACAAGUAAUGUCACAUUCUGUGGUUGUACAUUCAGAUAAAAAGAUACGCGCUUUCUAUACUUCAGUUCAAUCUUUUAUGGGAGUGAGUAGAAUAGAAAUCGGCGAAUGAACAAAAAUGCAUGCAGGUCAUUAAUACGCGGAUAUAUAUAAUAGACUUCUUCCAAGUUUGUAAUUGUCUUUGCUAUCUCUUAUCAGGCGCUUGGCCUUGAGAUGGCAUAUGAACACAAGCGCAUGGUAUGUUCAAUCUUGCUCAGCCUAUUACCUCUACCCCCCUGGAAAGUAGACCUUCCCCCCUGCGGUUCAAUUAGGCAAGUUGUCAUUUUUUUCAGACUUAUAUUACAAAGAGAAAUUUAUGAACAUAAAGGGGCCACUUAGUGUACAGAACAUGUCUUUGCGACUCAUUUUAAAAUAACUUGGAUUAUCCUGUUGUUAAUAUUUUGACUGAAAUUUGAUCAACUUUGGUUCGCAUUUGAGGAUCCUGUGCGGAUUACCUCAAUUUAGUCAUUAUGAUCCAAGUUAAUAUAGAAUAGUUGCAAUGUGGGUUCCAUCCCUAGCCACAUACCAUUUAUUGUAUAUUAACGUGUGUUUUUGCAUUUUAACCCUUUAUUACCUCAAUUCGUGAAAUAGGUUGGUAUAUAUGAAAUACACCGAAUGUUUUUAUUUCACUAUUAUCUUCACAUUUGAUUGCCUUGGAUUUGUAGAUGACUUCAUUGGUCGUAAGUAGUUAUAUUACUUAUAUUUAGUUAAUGAACUUUGGAAAUUUCACAUCAAUCAGCUUACUGAAACUGCAGACAGAAUGUGUCAGUACAUAAUGGAUAACGUCUUUUGAACGAACUAAUCUCCAUAAUAUUCCUGCUCAAAUUGAUAGUAACUAACUAACUACCUGAUACACAAGCAUUGAAACUCUUCAGUUAAACGAAACAAUUUGCCUACCAUUCGGUAUUAUCUUUUCGAGAAUCCGAAAUGGGUUUUAAAGUUUUUUUAUCACUUUCUUAGUUGGAACUUCACAUAACUUCAAAUUAUAAAAUAUAUUUUUAAAUUCAUUUCAAUUUCUCAUUACAUAGGUUGAGCAACAUGGCUGCUGAUCAAGGUCGGAGACUUGUCAGUCAAAGUGUUGCUGGUCUUGUGAAAUUCGGCAGUGAUUUCAACUCGACAUUUCGUUCAUCUUCACCAUCAAGUUUUGUUUGGAAAUUCUCAGAUGCUCUUAAAUCAGUUGUUUCAAAUCCCAUAUCAAUUAGUUCUCCAAUUCUACCACUUGAAACCACAGGUACCAAAGACGAAUCAAUUUCUCCACAAAUCAAUAUUCCGAAAACUCAGAUACCAGAUAAUAAAAAUUACUUUUAAUACUCAAUGUUGUUCAUUGUUGUAGCUGUGAUAUUUAUUGUGAUAUAUUUUACUUCACAAUGAAGUCCUUCUUUUAAUCAUAUUUUAUAUCAAGCUUUAUCAAUCUCAUGUUUUAUUAUUCCCCAUUUUUAUGCAUCUUUUUAUUCUUGUGGUCGUAAAUGCAUUUGUAUGAACGCAGUCUUGUUGUCUGAUUCUUUUACGUCCAGAGUUUUGUUGUACUAAUGUUAUAUUUUGCAAUAAACAUUUGUGUAAUAUAA